GCGGUCCCGAGCCGAGGUGGGCGGGGCCAUGAAUACUAAUUCACGGGUUGAUGUAGACACGGUGCUUUUCCUGAUCGACUCGUUUUUCUGAAUAUUUUCUUUUACUAGCUGCUGCAGAUAAAGAGGAAGAGUUUCAUGUGCAGCAUCAUUUACAUAUACAUACAUCACAUACAAUGUGAAGUGAUGUCAGUGUAUUGCUCUUCAGGAUAUGAGGACAGGUGUGUGUUUGUACAGGUACAGGGUGUGUGAAGACUCUUCAGAGGGAUGAUCAGUAAUGAUGCUAACUGUAUCCGUCUCAUCAUCUCCGUUACCUGCCCACCCGCUGUGCUGCUGAUUGACAGCUGAAUGCCUGGCUGGCCUGAUGAGGCCCUGCGGCCCGAGAGCGUCCGGUUUCAGGCGGGUGAUACCCGACCCCGCCGGGUCCUGUUGCCCCGUCUGAACGCAGCAGUGCGGUCAGUGUGCUGUCCGCCAAACGCCCAUUUAGUGCAGCGGUUGAGGGAGGAAGCAGACACCUGUCGCUCUCUCUCUAUCUCUCUUUAUCUGUCUUUCUUUAUCUGUCUUUCUCUCGGGUCGGUGUAAUUGGGGUUGGAUGGAGUACCGGCCCGGUUCAGUUCAGUUCUCUGCAUCAAUGUGAAUCAUCCUGGUUCAGAAAUGUACGGGACGCUGCUGGCUGUGUGCUUCGGGACGCUGGUCCUGGAAGGUAAGUGUCAGCUGCGUGGUUUGUUCAGGGGAGUUCCUGAUGAGUGCCAGUUUCACCAUUAUAACGUUUUUGAUGGUAUUUUUUGAGACUGCACUUGAAGAUACUUUGAAAGUUCUUGAAAUUCUUCUUUUCGAAUAGACUGACCUUCAUUUAAUUUUAAAGUGUUUUUUUUUCUUUAUUUAGUUGAGUAGUUGUUUCUUCUCAUAAUCUGAGAUAUUAGAACAUUACUGAAAUAUUCACUAUUCACUGUAUACCUGUAACUCUACCUCUUCACUACUUUACUUUAACUGAUGCUCUCAAACUUUACAUUAAGAGACAAGAAAUGUUUAGCAGUUUUUUUCAAAAGGUUUCAAGAAUAUUGUUCUAGAAAUGUUCUGAAAAACAUGUGAUGUAAUAAUAGUUUGCCUCACAAUGUUAUUAGAAUGUUUAUUUAUGGAAACGUUAAAAGUAAUAUUUCCAAAAAGUAAAAACACUGAAACAAGUGACAUUGCAGCGAUGUUGGAAAGAACGUUAAAACGAAUCUUCUAAGUACAUCCAUCAGCAGCCGAAGUCCGAGAGAAAGUAGAAGGAGUACAGCCACCUCGCUCUCGCAAGAUUAUAACGGUGAAUAUAAUGAUCAUGUGCUAAAGACGCAGACACAAAUGAAACAAAAAAUCUAACCCAUAUGCACCAAACCAAGGCAGUGCUGAUUGUUCAGGGCAGUGCCGUGUGAAGUCAAACAAGCCUGUUGAUUGGCGACAGUUGAAAAAGAGGCGGAGUCUGAAUUCAUAUGUAUCGGAGUGUUGGGAGCAUCAGUAGUUUCUAUGGUAACUGGCUUUAUAAAUUGAGGAGAAAAAAAGGUAAAAUUCGAAAAUAGUUGGAAAAGAUAUAAAACACGCAGAACUUCACAAAAUCAGCUGUUACUUGUUUAUUGUGUGUGUGUGUGUGUGUGUGUGUAUGUGUGUCUGUGUGUGUGUGUGUGUGUGUGUGUGUGUGUGUACAGUAGCUCACUCAGCACAGGGACACUUUGCGCAGCAGCUGCUGAAUGAUCUAAUGGAGAAUUACUCCAACGCCCUGCGGCCGGUGGAGGACACUGACAAGACCCUCAACGUCACCCUGCAGAUCACCCUGUCCCAGAUCAAAGACAUGGACGAGAAGAACCAGGUGUUGAUAGCGUACCUGUGGAUCAGGCAGACGUGGUACGAUGCGUUUCUGAAGUGGGAUAAGGAGGAGUAUGAUGGGCUGGAGGUCAUCCGUAUCCCCGGCAGCCUGGUGUGGAGACCUGACUUAGUGCUGUAUAACAAGGCUGAUGAUGACCUCUCAGAGACAGUAGACACUAACGUGGUCCUGAGGUACACGGGAGAGAUCACCUGGGACGCCCCGUCCAUCACUAAAAGCUCCUGUGUGGUGGACGUGUCCUACUUCCCCUUCGACAGCCAGCAGUGCAACCUCACCUUCGGGUCCUGGACCUACAACGGCAACCAGGUGGACAUCACCAUGGCGAUGGACAGCGGGGACCUGUCUGACCUGGUGGAGAACGUGGAGUGGGAGUGUCACGGGAUGCCGGCCGCUAAGAACGUGAUCAUGUACGGCUGCUGCUCGGACCCGUACCCGGACAUCACGUACACGGUGCUGCUGAAGCGCCGCUCCUCCUUCUACAUCUUCAACCUGCUGCUGCCCUGCUUCCUCAUCUCCUUCCUGGCGCCGCUGGGCUUCUACCUGCCGGCCGACUCCGGAGAGAAGGUCUCGCUCGGGGUCACCGUGCUGCUGGCCCUCACCGUCUUCCAGCUGGUGGUGGCCGAGAGCAUGCCCCCAUCCGAGAGCGUUCCUCUUAUAGGUAAAUACUACAUCGCCACAAUGAUGAUGAUCACCGCCUCCACCUCUCUGACCAUCUUCAUCAUGAACAUCCAUUUCUGCGGCGCCGAAGCCAAACCCGUCCCACAGUGGGCCAAAGUCCUCAUCAUCGACUACAUGAGCAAGAUCUUCUUCGUCUACGAGAUCGGCGAGACCUGCGCCUCGGCCUCACCCAUCAGCCACGACCAAGAUAUUGACGAUUAUUUCGGCCUGAAGCCUCACAAGAACCCAGAGCAGGACAGACAGAAGCUCCUGAAGCCCAACGGGAAGCCGAGAGAAGCCCCGGGACCGGGGGGUCGGAAGACCCAGAACUCCAAAAGUCAACCACAGCCACAAGCCCCUCAGUCCUGCAGGAAGAGGGAUGGGUUUCAGAACGAGGCCCUCCUGAAGAACACUGCGUCCUCCUGCUGUCCGGAAGACGAGAAGCCACCCGCCGGAGCUCUGCCCUUUGACCUCUGUAUAAUCUGCGGCGGCAGCAGUACCGGCAGCAUCCUCGGCGCCGUGGGCGGAGACUCCAAGGUCAUCCGUAACGUGGAGUACAUCGCCAACUGCUUCCGAGAGCAGAGAGCAACCUGUCUGAAAGUGGCGGAGUGGAAGAAGGUGGCCAAGGUGAUGGACAGAUUCUUCAUGUGGAUCUUCUUCAUCAUGGUCUUCCUCAUGAGCAUCCUCAUCAUCGGCAAGUCGUCGUAGGAAAUACCAGGAAAGUGACACCAUAAAAACGAUAAAAUCACUCUACAAAGGUCUUUGUAGAGUUGCACCAGUUGUAGUUGCUGUGUGUUUAUAAUACGAUUUUUCUGUUUUUUUUUGUUUAUUCUUCAUCAUGGACCCCUUCAUCAUGUUCUAGGUCAGUAAUAGGCGAAGCGUGGGACGGGUCCGGACCCAUGCGUUGUCCAAUGCGGAACCAAACCGAUAAACUACAGAGAAGGAUUUCAUUCUGACCAUGUUCAUUUAAAGCAGUGUAACUUUUCUAGUCUUUAAGGUAAACAUGCUUCCUGCUUUAUUGCGGCACAGUAAACUCACAGACCAAUCACGUGUGCUGUAAAAUCACCACACGCUCUCAUCAGCCAAUCAGAUCUGUGCAGAUGUGGGAGCACGGAGCCGCACAGGCACAGUAGGCAGUGAGAAGUUUCAGUCGGAGAAUAAAACACACGAACAGUAAAACAAUUAAAUAAAAUGAAACUGUUGUUGUUAUCGUGAGACUGGUCUCCUUCUGCUGGACGUCACUCCGGUUUUAUGAUGAGUCUGUAAUCUGAUUACUGACCUUUAUCUGUAACUGAAACUCAGUACCCCCUUAAUACCUGCUUGGUACGCUGAUUAAUGAUCAUCUAUUACCUGUAUACUGUUACUGCCCAGCCCUGCCCAUACCAUAUCCAUGUCCCUGCCUGAGAACGAUCCACUCUCAACUGAGUAUCCUGCUGUUCCUGUGCUCAGAACCUCACUGUAGAUGAAGAUAAAGUACACUUUAAUACAGGAAUAAAUACAAUAUUUCAUUUCAUUUAUUAAUAUACAUCCAUUUCUGCAUUUCAGACUUGUUACAGGUUCCAAACGAAGUUGGGACAGGGGCAAUUUAGGGCUAAUAAUGAGGUUUAAGGUUUAAAAAAGUAAAUAAAUACAUUUUCAAUUGGGAAAUUAUAAUUAUGAUUUGUUAUAAAAGCAGUAUAAAGAGUCUUUAAAGAAUAAAGAUGAAUAAAGGAUCUUCAGUUUGUAACAAAAAU